AUGAGCUUUGGCAAGAUGGAGGGCGACGCUUCGGACAAGAACAUCGGCUUCAUGCUGCAAGAUGACGUCGCCGACGGCCCCUACUACCGCCAGGAGUGGGAGGGCAUGAAGCAGACCACCCCGAUCAUCUCGGGUGGCAUGAACGCCUUGCGGCUGCCUGCGUUCUUCGAGAACUUGGGCCACUCGAACGUUAUCCUGACGGCCGGCGGCGGGGCCUUCGGGCACAAGGACGGGCCGAAGCAGGGCGCGAUCUCGUGCGCCCAGGGCGAGGAGUCGUGGAAGUUGUGGAAGGCAGGCACCUACGGCGACGUGAGCCUGUCGGACGGCGUCGUCGAGUACGCGAAGACGCACGAGGAGCUCAAGGGCGCGUUCUUGACGUUCCAGAAGGAUGCGGACCAGAUCUACCCGGGCUGGAAGGAGAAGCUCGGCUACACGGGCGAGUCCUCCGUCCAGGCAGCCAGCUUCAAUUGGCAGAAGAAGGAGUUGGCCGCGGCGUUCGUUGGCGCCAGCAAGGCUCGCAAAGCGAGCUCUGUGACCCGCCGGGCCCUGGACCAGUCGAGCCGCUACGCGGACCUCUCGUUGACGGAGGAGGACCUGAUCAAGAACGGCCAGCACGUGCUGGUGGCCUACAUCAUGAAGCCCAAGGCGGGCUACGACUACCUGGCCACCGCGGCGCACUUCGCGGCGGAGUCCUCCACAGGCACGAACGUGAACGUGUGCACCACCGACGACUUCACAAAGACUGUGGACGCGCUCGUGUACUACAUCGACCCAGAGAACGAAGAGAUGAAGAUCGCCUACCCGACGGCUUUGUUCGACCGCAACAUCACCGACGGCCGCGCCAUGAUGUGUUCCGUGCUGACCCUGAGCAUCGGGAACAACCAGGGUAUGGGUGACGUCGACUACGGCAAGAUCUAUGAUAUCUAUUUCCCGCCGCAGUACCUGCGCCUGUUCGACGGGCCGUCGUGCUGCGUGAUCGACAUGUGGCGCAUCCUGGGCCGCGGCACGGUCGGCGGUGGCCUGGUGGUCGGCACCAUUAUCAAGCCCAAGCUCGGCUUGCAGCCGAAGCCCUUCGGCCAGGCGUGCUAUGGCUUCUGGCAGGGCGGCGACUUCAUCAAGAACGAUGAGCCGCAGGGCAACCAGACGUUCUGCCAGAUGAACGAAUGCAUCCCCGAAGUCGUGAAGGCCAUGCGCGCGGCCCAGGAGGAAACGGGCCAGGGCAAGUUGUUCUCGCCAACAUUACGGCGGAUGACCCGAACGAGAUGA